AUGGAGGCCGACGUCCCCUGCCACGAGCAGUCCAGCACGGAGACGGAGAACGCAGACGCGGAGCCCCAGCACGAAGAGCACAAGGUCAGCCUGCUCACCGAGGGCCUAGAUCACCUGCUGCCGCUCAACCUGGUCAGAAGCCCAAACGCACCGACAGACUUCCCAGCUCGCGGAGAAGGACCAUUGCCGCCAGACCUACCAGGCAACUUCGUUGCGGACAGGCUCCAGCACGUGAACGCCCACACGAGAGAUGUGAACCUUCGCUUCGACGAGACAACACACACCUACUUCUGGAAGACCAGACGCGUGCGAGAGUCCGUGACGCAGGUAAUCCACGGAUACGCCGCGGGAUUCGACGCGGACAAGACGCUCCAAAACAUGAUGGAAGGCGCCCACUGGCCCAGAGCCGGCUACCUCAGCAUCACCCCGCCACCGGACGUGAGAGACAAGAUCGGCCAACUGGCCAGGGGCCCCCGCAUCCUGGCGAUGCUCGAACAGAGCGACCAGGACGACGGGGAACUGGACCGAGAACUGCAGGAGGCCCUCCAGCAGGCAGGCCCGCCACACGCAGCCGCGCUGCGCGCCCUCGCUAUGCCGAGUGACGACGUGAAACGAAAAUGGGAAGCCGCCCGCGACAAAGCAGCCAAAGAAGGGACGUGGAUGCACGCCCAGUUCGAGUGCCUGCUGAACGGAGGGACUGUCAAGGCGAUGACACCGGAGAUAAGCCUGCUCUUCAAGUUCCUAGACAGCGUGCGACACGCGACGGCCUACAGAACGGAAUGGAAGAUCUACGCCGACGACAUCGACGUAGCCGGCAGCAUCGACCUCGUCCUACAGCAGGCCGACGGCAGCCUGGCUCUCGUGGAUUGGAAGCGGAGCAGCAGAAUAGCAAGCCGAGGAGAGCACUUCAACCGCUACAUGAAACCCCCUCUGCAGCACCUGGGCGACAGCAGCCUCACCCACUACCACCUGCAGAUCAACAUGUACCGAUGGAUCCUGCAGAGGCACUACCGGAAGAUCGUGACAGAGAUGUACAUCGUUGGAACGCACCCCGACAACGGCCAGGAACCGUGGGUGCAGCAGGUCGAGCUACUAGACAAGGAGAUCGCAGACCUCGUAAAGGACAGAAGCAGGGUGCACGACAACGUGCGGGACGAACACACAGACUAG